AUGCUCAUCGAACUCUCCACCCUGCUCUUGCUCUCCACCCUAUUCGUCUCGAUGCUCGCCGGCUGCAAGAAGACGAACAACGCGUCGAAGCUGAAGCCAAAGGAUAUGGGUAAAGGAACGACUCCGAUGAAGGCGCCGGCGAACGGAGGAUCGAGUAAGGAACCGGUUCCAGGACCACCGAUGCCGGAGCUUACCUCGGAGCCCAAGUUGGCUGAGCGUCCAGCCGAUGAUAACGAGACAAUCAAUGAUGCGAAAUCCAACUGGGGAACUGUCAGUUAA